AUGUAUUUCAAGGGAUGUUAUUUUACAUUUGAUAUUGCUUCUGUUUGUCUUGGUGAAUGUGUAUGGUUGUAUAAUGACAUAUUGGGGCUAGUGGAUCUCUGUAUAUCUUUUAUUCUUCCGUGUACUGUAAUGGUAAGUCUGUAUGCAAAAAUUUUCAUGGUCGCUAGGAGGCAUUUAAAAAUAAUUAAUCUGGUAAAUCAGCCAACAUUCAAAAUAGAAGAAAGCCAAAAGAAAAUACCUAAAAAAUCUGAAAGAAAAGCUGCAAAAACAUUAGGAAUUGUCAUAUUUGUUUUCCUUCUUUGCUGGGUUCCUUUCUCUCUGUGUUCAGUUAUUAAUACAUACACUGACUUGGCUAUAUCUAAUGUUAUUAUAAAUUUUUUCACAUGGCUAAUGUAUUUUAACUCUGGUAUGAAUCCAAUAAUCUAUGCUUUAUUUUAUCCUUGGUUUCAGAAAUCCAUUAAAAUCAUUGUGACAUUAAAAAUAUGUAGUCCUGAAUCCUCAAUGAUUAACUUAUUCUCAGUAAACCAUUAG